AUGGGCGGCGGUAUGUCCGCCAACAUACAGAAGGCCGGCUAUUCGAUGGUCGUAUACGACCUGCGCGAAGAGGCUGCCCGGCCCCUGCUGGAAGGCGGCGCGCGCCUCGCCAACACCCCCGCCGAAGUCGCCGCGGCCAGCGACAUCACCUUCACGUCCCUGCCCGUCCCUACGAAGUGGAGUCGGUGUCCCUGGGCGCUUCGGGGGUGCUGGAAGGCAUUCGCCCGGGCAGCGUCUACAUCGACCUGUCUUCCAGCCGACCCACCCUGA